AGUUCCCUCCUGAGUCAACUAAUCGCGAGGCGUUUUGCUGAAAAGUGAGCUUACGUCAGGACGGUGGACUUCUGCGAGGCCCAGGUGAAAAAGGGACGCCUGAGUCCUGGGUGAGAGUCUUCCCGGGUACUUUGGGGCUAGAGGAAUCCUGAAACCAUGGAUCACCUAUAUAUGCUUUGAGACAUGCUUUAGAUUUUUUUUUUCUGGAAGCCCUGCAGCUACCCUAAAAUUGAAUGUAUUGUUGCACAGACCUAUGGCCAAUGGUGGCAGAGUCUCCAUAGAACUAUGCUUCGUGGUGUUCUGGGAAAAACCUUUCGACUUGUUGGCUAUACUAUUCAGUAUGGCUGUAUAGCUCAUUGUGCUUUUGAAUACGUUGGUGGUGUUGUCAUGUGUUCUGGACCAUCAAUGGAGCCUACAAUUCAAAAUCCAGAUAUUGUCUUUGCAGAAAAUCUUAGUCGACAUUUUUAUAGUAUCCAAAGAGGUGACAUUGUGAUUGCAAAAAGCCCGAGUGAUCCAAAGUCAAAUAUUUGUAAAAGAGUAAUUGGUUUGGAAGGAGACAAAAUUCUCACCAAUAGCCCAUCAGGUUUCUUUAAAGGUCAUAGUUAUGUGCCAACAGGUCACGUUUGGUUAGAAGGUGAUAAUCUACAGAAUUCUACAGAUUCCAGGUACUAUGGACCUGUUCCAUAUGGACUAAUAAGAGGACGUAUCUUCUUUAAGGGCAUAUAUCAAUAUGCAUUUGCAGAAGGGCAGCCUAGAGUCCAACCAGCUGUAAUGCAGGGAUAUCCCAGAUUUGGCCUCUGAGUGAUUUUGGAUUUCUGCGUGACAGCCCUAAUAGCUACAGAUUUUCUGAUGAUUAGCAAGCAUUUAUUCUUUUGAUUUGAUUAUUGUCUUCUAAGUGAAUUAAUUAUUGUCACUGAAACCCUGUACUUACUAAUAAACUAUUUGCUAUUCA